ACUGGGCGGAAUGCAGAGUCAUGCAGGCCGCCAGUGUGUGAGCGUUUCCCAGUCAAAGCUGCCACCGCUGUAGAAGAUGAUCCUGCUGCCUGGUCUGUUAUUUAUCCUCUGGGGAGGAGCGGCUCGGUGUCUGGGGGAGGAUGGAGGCUUCACUUUUGAUGGAGAUCUCCGCCACUUCGCCGUGACCACAAACACGGUUUACAUCGCUACAGAGGAGAAGCUGUACCAGCUGAACCACGACCUGACUCUGGUCCACAGUCUGACCCUGAGAGGAAUCUUGAAGGGCGGGAACCAACAGCCGGACGACGUGUCGUUUUACCGGGUUUCUGAGACGGCUUCGUGGAACGCAACUUUCAGAGUCAACGUGUUGUUGCCAUUUGUUGAGAACGACACUCUGAUCAGCUGCGGGGUGAUCGACAAGGAGUGUGGUUACUGCGAGGUUCUGGACCUGAAGAACAUCUCUAACCUUGUGCACAGGGAGAGCAUCCAGGUGGGACCACUGAGGAGCAGCAACGCGUCCGUCGCGGUCUUGGUGAAUCUGAAGAAGAAUCCAACACAAGACACUUACAUUCUGACCGGGGUACAGCAACAUCAACACAACACCGAACAGAGCAGCUGCACCUCUAAUAUCCAAACUGUCAACCUUCAGAAUACGGUUGAAAAACAAGCGGGAGGUAUAUUUUCUCUAAGUGAUGAUCAACUCACGCCCUCGAUCAGAAGUAAAGGUGAUGUGGAGUUUGUGGACGGAUUUCAGAUCAGUUCAACCAUGUAUCUGCUCUCCAACGUGCUCUCAGCCGCUAAAAGUAGCAACGUCCGUCUCAUUUGGCUUGAGGGCAAAACCAGCAAGACCCAGACUUACAGGUCUCUGCGGGGUGCGACUCUCAGUGUCUCUGAAGCUGGUGGUGAGGGGAACAGACUCCUGGCCUCCUCGGUGAUCCCGGGCGGGCCCUCGGUGCUCUGGAGCGGAGUGUUCAGUGUGGACGGAGGACAGAGCAACACCGAGCUGCUGGUGUUUGACAUCAGCCCCGAUCUCACCGGAGAGGACGAUUCAGAUCCAGACUUCUGCAGUGUCUGUCCCGAAAAGACAAGUGUUACAAAGCCAAAGACCCUGAAGCCGAAGGCAGUGCUCUUCAGACAGAACUACAUGACCUCUGUGCUGGCAGUGAGGCAGAAGGCCUGGAUGGUUUUCUUCAUCGGGACAGGAGAUGGACAGCUCAUUAAGCUUGCUGUAGAUAAGGACUAUCACACCGCCUGUCCCAUGGUGCUCUACAGGGCCAAUGAUGAUCGCCAAGUGUUUCCCAAAAUACUUCUGGAUCCAGUGGAUCAUAAACAUGUGUAUGUGCCAUUUCAAAACCAGAUGAAGCGUGUACCUGUGUCAAAGUGCAGCAUGUACACAAAUGUGCAGGAGUGUUGGUCUGCACAGGAUCCACACUGUGUCUGGUGUGGCUCUAAAUCAAGGUGCACAUUUGAAGAUGACUGCACAGAUUCAGACUGGGUGUCCAUUCCUGAUGAUCACCAACACAAAAUAGUUUCCUACAAAGUUGAAAAGGAGCCAACUGGUCAGAUCAAACUGAACAUCCAGACACACCUGACUGUGGGUCAGAGCACACUGUCCAGAUUCGCCUGUCAGUUCUCUGCAAGUUCCAGUGAGCUUUGUAGCAGGAGUGGCCCUCCUCCACUGUUCCCACAAUGCACCUGCAUCUUCUCUGAUAGCAGACUUCCUGCUGAAGGUCUGGGUGUCAGUGUAAGAAUUAGAGUUGGGAAGACGCACUUUUUGGAACAACUGACGUUAACCAACUGUUCAAACAUCAGGGGACCUCCAAGUUCUGUCUUGUGUCAGCAGUGUAUCAGGGCUGGAUGUGGCUGGAGCAAAAACAGCUGUUCCUGGGCAAAUCAAGGAGUGAUCAAUGACAGUGUUUGUCAAACGAUGGAGUCUGGGAUGAACUUUUCUAGGCCAGUGAUCUCCUCCAUCACCCCCAGUGUCGUGUCUUUCUACGGCAGAAACCACGCAGUGUUGUCAGGUCAGAACCUCAGAGAUGUGACCAGAGUGAGGAUGACUGUGGACACAGACUGCACUCCCCAAGAAUCUCCUGUAUGGAACAACACAGGCGUGAAUCUCACGUUCCACAUUCCCAGGACAGAUGGUAAAGGUGUGGUCAAAGUAUGUGCUCUCCUCCCAGAUGGUGGUUGCCAUGGCAACACUAAAAUCACCUACAAGUCAUCACCAUCCUGCACCAAAAUUGUCCCAAGCAGCAGCUGGGUCAGUGGGAAGAGGGAGAUCACACUCAUGGGCUCUCACCUGGACUUUGUGGAGGGGGUCACACACAGCCACGCCCCACAGAGGGUCAGACCUCCAGGAAGCAGCAGCUAUCAGAAUCUCACCUAUGACACACCUGCAGCUGAAAACAGUCAGAGGACUUUUACCAGCACUGUGUUUCUGAGAGUAGCCAAUGAAACCUUGUCCUGCUCUGAUAAAAUCACCUACUAUCCAGACCCUGAGUUUACUGGUUUCACAUCCACGAGAAUAGGGGACGAUGUGCGCAUCACCAUAGAGAAAAAGGCAGACAAACUGGAUAUGACAGAAGCAGAGUUGUCAGUGUGGGGCGAUCAGGAAGGAAAACAAUAUCCCUGCAUCAUGAAGAGCAAAAAAACCACCAACGAAAUAGAACAUUUUUUCUGUGAAAUUAAGAACACAUCCAGUGCUGAAUUCCAGCAUUUAAUGAUAAUGUACGGUGAAAAGACGGUAAGACUUGAGCCUCCGUCCUCAUCACAGGUCCCUCUGAUACUGUGCAUCCUCCUGAUUCCCUGUGUUAUUGUUGUGUUGGUGAUUAUCUGUCGAUGGUUGAAGAAACGCAGAUGAACGAGGUCUGACCAUUACAUCACACUGGCCCAUUUCCUUGUCUUUGUGCUAGGCUAAGCUAACCUGCUGCUGGCUUUAGCUUCAUAUUUACUGUGCAAACUUGAAGAGUGUUGUUGGUCCUCUCAUCUAAAUCAUGUCAGGGAAUAAGCAUAUUUAAAAAUAUUAAACUAUUUCUUUAUUGAGGCUCUUUCUGACAUCUGUAUCCUUUUGACAGAGUCAGUGCUUUUACUAUAAAUUUUGUGAUCAAGUCUUUUUUUUUCUACUGAGUUCAUCCUCUCUGAUGGUACAGCUGUUAUAAGAGGACAUAUUGUAUAGACUAAGCCUGUUCGUCUCCUGCACUGCUCAGCACCUCAGCCUUUUAGUAGUAUAGAACUUUAUUGCAGUCAGCAAAGUAUGUAUGGAUGCUGCAGUUGAUAUGAUACACCAUGGACAUAACAUGAACAUAACAUUCCUCAUAAGGAAGCUGAACACUGUAGUUAUUGUAUAUCAAUAUCAAAUCAAUAACUGUAAUCAAUAAAUGUCUGUAAUGAAGUAGAUAAAACUAAUGAGGCCUGUUUUUCCAUCACAAC